AAUUAGCACUCAAAUGCUACAAAAAUGGUCAACAAUAGUCAAAAAGAAAGAGCGAAGGUCUCUCUGCCUUGGCUGUCAUAGCUUCUCCUUCCUUCUCACUUCUUCUCGCCAUAACCGAACAGCGCAUGCACACUGAUUUGAAUAGCGUCAAGAACGCUUCUUUCCAAAAUCCCAUCUCCUUUUUCUCUCAUCUAUCUAUCUAGAACUCUCUGUCUUCAUCUCCUCCCUUUCUUUUUUUCCUCUUCUCUCUCCAUGGCCGACUCUGGAGCCAAGAGGGAAUCACGUACCCUGUACUCGAAUGCCUCCGUUUCUGAUUGCCCCUCCUUCUCCAAUCUCCGCCAAAGCGUUUUGGCUACUCAUUCUUCCACUUCUCGAUUUCAGGGGCAACAUGAGACAUCUCAACGAGAUAAUGGGGUGCGCAAAAAGCCUAAAGUGGAUGGAGCAAAGUUGGAACUUCAGGCUGAAUAUGCAAAUCCCUCUAUCAGUAUAUCACCUCUUGCUUCAGCUGCAUCAUUUCUGCCACAUUCCGAGCCUGGAAUCCCAACUUCUGGGCUAAUUUUAGACCAUCAAAAUGCUGACUGUAAUGCCUGUCUUUCCCAUAUUGUUAAGGAGACACCUGCCAGUGAUGGGUAUAGCUGGAGGAAGUAUGGCCAAAAGCAGGUGAAGAAUUCUAAUAGUUCCCGAAGCUACUACAAGUGUGCUCAUUCUGAUUGCCAUGCGAAGAAGAAGGUUCAACGCUGUGAUCAUCACAGUCAUAUUAUUGAUAUUGUUUAUAUAGGUGAUCAUAAUCACGAUCUUUCUCAAAAUAAAUGCAAUGUGUCAAGAGUUUCUGCAGCGUCCUCUAAGCUUGCUGCAGGCAGGCGUUUUGUUGAUUCAAUUCAGAAGGUAGAUGGUGCGGAUAUGUCUAUCUGCCAGGAAGACCCGAAGCAGGCAUCAGUGCAUAUUGCUGAAUCUGAGCAGAGUUCAAGUAGUUCUUACGGCGAUAUUAGGAUUAAGGUUGAGGAGCAUAAUGGUAAUGGGAUGGACUCGAAAAGAUUUGUGGCAGAACACCAGAAAAAUAGCUCUUGUGGGAUUGCAGAUGCUGAGGUCCUGGAGAAGCUUGGUGCUGAACCAAUGCUGAAGAAAAGGAGUGUGUAUUCAGCUCUUCUCUUGGAAGCUAAUAAGGAGAUUAAGCUUGUUGUGCAUGCUACUGCUGAUAGGGGCAUCUCAACUGAUGGUUAUCGAUGGCGCAAGUAUGGCCAGAAAAUGGUGAAGGGGAAUUCUCACUUGAGGAGUUAUUACAGAUGCACAUCUACAGGAUGCCCUGCUCGCAAGCAUGUCGAGAGGGCCACAGACAAUGCUGCAACUGCUACAAUAACAUACGAAGGGAAACAUGAUCAUGACAUGCCAGUACUCAAGAAACAGAAAGGUCCAGAAAGUCUUGGUCGGAUUUCGUCUGCUGCUACAUUGAAUGGUGCUGACUGCAAGAAAACAAAAAGUUUAUCUAGUCAAAGGAUUUCAGCAGAAUGGUCAGGAGAUUUGAUGGAUGAAAAGGUCUUGGAGCUUGGAGGUGAAAAGGCACUAGAGUCAGCUCGAACACUUCUCAGCAUUGGAAUUGAACUCGAGCAUUGUUGAGAAACAAGUAGUGUUGAUUGAUGCAAAAAAUUUCUUAUAUGUGCAAUCUUUGGUGGAGAUUAUGCACUGUUGAUUUGAGUUUAAUGAAGUUUUGGCAAUUUUACUUUUA